CUACCGUACCUACUAUCACCACCGAGGAGUGUCACUGCUGCCAGCUGAUAGCAGUGUGUCCGGUGUGUGUAGCACGAAGCAGAAGUCCUUUUCCUGACCGCAGAUAUGAGCUGCAGCACUCCGUCACAUCCCGAAAACAUCAGAUAGCGAGACAGCGACGUGUAACUGAGUUUCUACAACACAGUCACCGUUUUUCUCCACGGUGAUCUGACUCCGUUAGCACGUUUUCGGUCGUGGAAAUGUAGCCAGUUUCCCUGUUGACUUGUCUUCAACCUGCGUGUGUUACUGCGUCAGUGAUCGUGAUGCGUUUCAACGAGAAGGAGCUGGUGUGUCUGAGCCGCCAGCCCUCAGAGAUGGCUGCUGAACUGGGGAUGCGAGGACCCAAGAAAGGAGACGUUGUAAAGAAGAGGCUGGUGAAACUCGUCGUUAACUUCCUCUUCUAUUUCCGGACUGAUGAGGAGGAGCCAAUUGGAGCUUUGCUGUUGGAGCAGUGUCGGGUGGAGAGGGAGGACAGCCAGACCUUCUCUAUUGCAUUUCUGGACGAGGCAGAGAGGAAGUAUCUGUUUGAGUGUGACUCGGAAGAGCAGUGUGGGGAGUGGAUAGACUGCAUUAUCAAGGCCAGUUACGAGUUCAUGAGGAAGAACCUUAUAUUCUAUAGAACAGAGAUCCACAGACUUACUGGCAAGGACCCGCUGGAGCAGUACGGUAUAUCAGACGAAACUCGCUUCCAAGUCAGCAACGGCCUGCAGCUUAAGCAGAGAGAUACCUCCUCUCUGUAGACCAGCGCCCUGUGUCCAGAUGUUCUCUGUCUUCAUUUUAGUUCAUUCCAACAUCACUGGCUUGAAAACAGAGGCGUUACCAUAAGCACACUAGCUUUUUAGAUUGUCACUGCUCUGAAUGUAUUUAGUGUUGCUGUAAAUUUACAGAGAGGCUCUUAUGCAGAUAACAGGGUAUCUUAGGCCAUGUAUUAUUUCUGUUAUCUCAUUGUCACUCAGUACAGGUAACACGGGGCUUUGGAAAAUUGUACUUUCCUUUUUAGGUUUAUGGGAUUUUUCACACUCUGCUUGACAGGUUGACUGCCUGUAUAAAACGUCUCUUAUAUACUAUGUUUUCUACUAGACAUGCUGUAAUUUUAGGCAAUGUGAUUCAGGAAGCAUUUGUUCAGGAGAUCUGGCGUUGUGCCCUGUCUCAGGACUGUUAGCACUAAAAGCAAGACUUCCUUAAACAAGAAUCAAUCCAGGAUAUAUUAACAUUUGGUGCAAACCAAUUUGGGAGUAUUAACUGUCUUCAUUUGAACUGCAUGGGCCCUUUGAUCUGCUGAGUUGAGCCACACAUUGUACUCAGUUUUUGCUUGUGAGAAAAAAGACCUUUAGUUGUCCCAAUAUGUAUUUAUCAUUUAGCCCAUUUAGAUUAUUUAGUUUUUAAAAACUAUACUUUUGCACAUAGUACUUUACUGGGAGUUUUUUUUUUAAAUUAGAAUUUCAAUCAUGUACUUGAAUCUACUGUACCUUUUCUGUGGCACUUUGAAUGCAGUUCCUUUAGGUAAGCUGUUGGACCAUGCUGGGAUACCAGGCUCCUGACAUGUUUGGUUUGUAAAUGAUCACACUAUCUGUCAGUGUAGCUAUAACAGAAUUGCAGCUUAUCAUGAGCUCAAAUUUUGCUCUCAACUACAUUUCAUUAUAAGGCGUUGCUGUAUCAAAUUGGUAAAAUAUUUAUUUCAGUAGUCAGGAGUUUACCCACAAAGAGGAUAUGUCAUUGAAUGUGUGUUUGUUUUCAAACUUGUGUUCAGUCUGUUUUUACUUCAUGUUAGAUUGUAUUUGUUUCACUGCCUUUUCAGUUCUAUAGGUUAUCUUUUUUACUAAUAAAGCCAUUUGAAAGAUA